GUUGAGUUCACUUCAGUUCAGUUCAGUUCAGUUCGGUUGAGUUGAGUUGAGUUUGAAUUGAGUUGAGUGUCGUUUGCGACGUUUGCGUGGUGCGGCCUUUGCGGCGUUUACGUCCGAACACUGUUCUUCUGUUUCCUCCUGCUUGCGAGUCGCGAGUCGCGAUUGUGACAGUGUGUUCUUGGUAGCAGUGCGCCACAAAGCGGCAACGACUACGCUGCUGCUGCUGCUGCCGCCACCCGCCGCCGCCCUUUCCAUUUUUUUUUAUUAACUUCCACACUUGCAAUCGCUUUAGUUAUUUUUUAUUUUGUUCGUUUUCCGCAUUUGGACCUUUGGACGACAUGGCCAACUUUAACACUUUCAUAUUGUUGUUGACCACAGCGGUUGUGGCAUCGGCGCUGCCCCGUCCAGAGACAGAGAUCAUCACGAAACCGGAACCGGGUCAGGAGUUCGUGUUUGUCCAGUCGACGGCUGCCGGCUCUCGCCCCAUUUCUCGCAAAGACAAAGUCGUAGACCAGGAACGUCCGUUCGAAACCUCCCACAAACUGCCGCCAUCUCUCACCUUCGCCCUCAACCAGAACGAGGAUGAAGACGGAGAGCCAGCGAAACCCAUCAAGGGAAAGAUCAUAAAGCGAGAAGCCAAUCCUGCUGACAGUCCGGCACCUGCUCCCGCCGGCUCUAUUAAGUUGGAUGUGAAAAAACUGCUCGAAAUGUACAAGGAUGAAAUCAAAAGCACAAAACCGGCCUCCAGUACAACAACAACCCCGAAACCUAAAUCGGCGGCCUCGAGAAGACGCGGCGCCAACAAAAGGGUGAAAAAGGAGGCGAAGAACCAGGACGCAGUCGUCGCAACUAGUCCUAGUCCCGUUUUGACCACUGGCGCACCAGUUGCCAGAAAAAUUGAUCUCGACGACAUUCCCCUGGUCGCUGCAGGAAGCGAGAAACAACGAUCCAGGAUUCAGAUCAAGAAGGGACCCAAUGGACAGGACUACGAAUACGAAUACGUAUAUUAUUAUUAUGACGAUGACGAUGAUGCUAAAGACAACCAAAAAACUUCCAAUUCUCACGACGGUCCGGCUCGCAACCAAAUAACCGCCGAAAAAAAAGACAAGAAAGCAGCGGCCCCAGAAGCGAACGAAGUCGUACCGUCGGCGUCCAGCAAAAGAACUCGUGGACGUCAACUCGGCGAAGAAGACGUUCAAGAGGAGCGUCUGCCUGCCAACACUAGAUUCCCACCAAGAAGUCGCAACCUAAACACCACCCCAGUUCCGGAAGAAGAGACCAAGGCCCCUAGAGGAAGAGGACGCGGAAGGCCCACCACCGAAACUCCAGCUGAAGCUGACAAUGUGUCAGAUGAGACACAGGGCACAACACGUGGUAGAACGCGCGCAAACGUGCGCAGACCCUCAUUGGAACUAGUAGACAGCGCCUCGUUCAACACCCACACAAACGCAGCACCGUCUGGGUCUCAGGGACCCUCGUUCCCCACCGAAUUACCAGCCGGACCGGUACGUUUCUUGGGGGCGACGCCCAACGAAAGAAUGGACCUGCCCGCUGAUGAAAAUGACGAAGAUGAAGCUCCCAAAAAAUCUGAAAAACCGGAACCGGCACCAGUUUCUGAACCUGAAGAAGAAAGUGAAGAUAAAGAAAAAGAACCAGCCGAACCAACUUCAGAUGGCGAAAGUACGACUGUAAUGUCCGCCAUGGACAAAGUUGCAUUAGAUUUGUACGCCGUUGUACAAGGAACACAAAAACUAUCUGGCGAAGAAGAGGUAUCUGAAGAUGAGGACACCACCAACACAAACGAUAAUACUGAAGCCACCACUCUUGAAGCUGAAACAGAAACUGCGGAACCAACAACAACAACAACCACAACCACAACCACAACUACAACUACAACAACAACUCCAGCACCAACCACAACAACCACGACAACGACCGAAGCGCCACUUGGUAAAGGUGGAAGGUACAGACCUCGUGCCGGUGCAGGAAGAAGAACCACUCACGCAGCUUCCACCACUGAAUCUGCUCCAGCUGCCGAAUCGAAACCCAAGAAAUUCGGAAGACCUGGAUUCAACAGAUCAAGGCUGGGUGCUAAAACUACACCCGAACCAGCUUCAGAACCUGAAACCACCAAGGAAGAAUCUAAACCAGUCAGUCACUCGAGACCGACCUUGAGUAGAGGACGUUUCGGAAACACAAGAACACGUGGCCGUACAACGGCAGCUCCUGAAAACCAAGAGGAAACUGCAUCGAGCACCACUUCUGCACCAGCACACCGUCCUUCCUUGCCAAGAGCCAGACCUUCUUUCAAUUUGAGAGGAAGAGGUCGCACAACUCCAGCUCCUGCUGACUCCGAAACUGCCGAAAACGGAGAAUCACACGCUUCAAGCCCCGACGUUGAAGUUUCAAGUACAACAGCCAGGUCCAGAAGAAUUAACACAGGAGGCGCCGUCAGGCCCCUAAGACCAGGACCAAGGAUCAACAUCGCAGGAAGAGGAAGGGGUGCUGCCACAAGUACAACCACCGAGGCUCCAGCUGAAGAGGAUCACGUAACUGGAGAUGAAGAACCACAAACUGGCGAAGAAGAGACACCGAAAGAAUCUGAAGCCCCAGCAGAUAACAGUCCAUUGAACCGAAUCAAGAAUCGCAAAAUCAAUGUCCAAGCCCGUCCAAAAGCGGCAGCAAGUGCUCCAGUUCAAGUUAGACGUGUGAACCCACUAAUCGGCAGGAAACGCAUCGGACAAACGACCGCAGCUCCUUCGAGCGAAGCACCUCAAGAAGCCGAACCCACAGAGGAAUCCGCUGCGACGGAAGAAAAGGAAACCGAGGCUCCAGUGAGUUCGACGACCGAGGAACCGAGAGGAUUGAACAAGCUGUUGGCGGGAAGAAGGCGAUUGGCUAACAGACAACCGGGUACUUUGAACCACUAAGGCUGAUUGAGUGAUUGUUUUUGAUUGGAUUUUGAACUAUAAGUAGCAUACUAUUUUUUUAGUUUUCGUAAAAGUUGUAAUGUAAGUGCUGUGACUUUGUCCCCGGAUAAAAGGGACAAAAUAGUGUAAUGGUGGCUCAAAUGCAAAUGAAUAAGUGUUUAGUAACGUUUGCUGCAAUUUUCAACAACAUCUGAUGCGCUCAGAUCAUUUUUAUUUAUUUUUAUCAUAUGGCAAAAUAAAAUUUUACUAAUAAGAUUGUUAUUUUAGUUAGGAUUUUACCGUUGUACAUACGAUUGUAUACAAUUUUUCCUAUUUAAAUAGUUGCUUGGUUAGGUAAGUUUAUAAAACAGUAUGGAAAGAAUGGUCCGCCCGAUUGGUUGGUUGAAAUGGAGCAUAUUUUUAGGUAUAGGAAUAUAAUGCAGGCCUGCACUGUGCCAAUAUUCGUAUUUAAUGAAAAUCCGUGUUAUUUAUUAUGGUAUGCAAAAUUUUACUUUUGUAAAUAUUUUCAAAUAAACUGAUAAUAAUUUGAAAGUAAA